AUAUACUUUUAUUUUUCGUCAUUAACUCUUUUAGUCUGAAAGCCAGUAAGCGUUUGGCAUUGCGCGUGCUCGUGUGCUGUCAGCCGCGCGCAGGCCGCGGGGUAGUUGUUCUCGCUCACGUUGGACUCGCUGUGUCAAAGUGAAGGAGAAUCACGACGAAGAUGGUCUCAAUACGCGGAGUUCCCCUCGUGGAUAGCCUCUGUUGGUACUGAGUCGGAGUGUUCUCCCGGAUAACUCUGCUUAGAAGAGUUUGCUUUGUAUACGGAAUGAUGCUAUGAAGAUCACCAGAGAUGACUGAUGUGGAACCUGUUGUCUCUGACUUUGCAGCCACGGGCAGGACCGGCCGGCGGAAUGCAUUGCCAGAUAUUCUAGGUUCCACGGCUGGUCCUGGAGCCUCCGACCUGCCUGAUAAACUAGCCGAGGUUUCAGUAACAGAUGAUGGGGAACAGGAGGGAGAGAGUUCAUCUUCAGCUGACCCACCUAAAGAUACUACAGAAGGGGAGGAGAAAACAGAGGGCUCAUAACCUGACACAAAACAACAGUGAUGAACCUCUUGAGAAACUCGCAUAUGACCUGCCUCUACUCUUGCCCCAUUGACCAAACAACUGUAACACUCUGUGCUAUGCAACAUCAAGACCACCUAUGAUUGGCAUUCAGAUGUGGGCCAGCUUGAAACAACUCAUUCAAGGAUUUAUUUGAAGUUAUGUUUUUCAAUAGCAGCAUAUUGUUAAUUUUGUAUCUCAUUGACUUUGCUCAAUUUGACUUAUUCCAAAAGACUGUCAUGGUUUUCUUUACGGAUGGCUGUUUAGUGUGACCUGCUUUCCCAUUUUAAAAAGGAAUAUUUUAUUUAUUUAAUAACUUUCCAUAAAUGCAUUUUCUCUGAAUGUUGACAUGUAGUGGCAAAAAUGUCUCUCUUUGCACAAAAAACACUAAAGUAAAUACAUUGCAUUUGGUGAUGUAAGUAACGUUUUUUUUUUUAAAUUAUCUUUCAAUAUUUCUCUGUCCUUGUAUACACCACAUCUUGUGUUUUUUAUUGUAAAGAAGAAAUGCAUUGUUAACAUUCUAGAUAGAUGAUUUAUGAAACAGCGAUUAAUGACAUGAAAUAUUAUAUUUUCUUCUUGUAAAUACUGAAUUGUACAUUAUAUUUGCUAGUUUUGGUUAAAGGCCUUCCAUUGUGUGUAACUGCUGUUCAGUGUGAGAUGAAAUUGGAUUGUUAGUCGUCUGAUGUAUUGCUGCAAACAUCUGUGCUCAUUUCAUUCUAAUGUCAUAUUAAAUGCUUAACUUGGAUAUUUCCUUACUGUUGUUGAUGGCAAAGGAAAAUGCGAUUUUGGAGACGUGUUGUUCUUUCUCUGUUUCUUCUUAAAAGCCCUACUGCUGAUAUAGUUUUUUACCUGCCCAUAAAUCCCUUGUCAUAUUGUCUGAUUGUAAGCUAUAUGUAAAUGCAUCUAUGCUAUGUUUAAAAACAACAUUACAAUAAAUACUGU